AUAACCCUUGAUCUUUAUUUUUCAUUAUCAUCAUCAUCACACAACCCAAACCCAAAAACAUUUCUCUUCUUCAUCUCUUCUUCCCUUUUUCCCCUUCUAACCCAUUUCAUUUCUCAUUUUAAUUUUCACUAUUCCUCAAACCCAAAAUCAAAACCCCUUAAUUUCUCAAAGAUAAAACAGUGUCUUCACUCACUCACUCAGUCAUCAAUGUCUCAAAUUUCAAUUCAUCAUGGACACUAUAUAUCAUCAUCCUAUCUCUCCUAAUCUCUAACCUAACCCUAUAUCACUAAAAAGCUAAACUUGUCUCUCCUCUUUUUUAUCAUUUUUUUCUCCUUAAAUUAUAAAUUAUUACACAAAAAAUCUUUUCUUCACACCAUAGAUGUUAGAGCCAUGGACUUAACCCCAAACCCAACAAUAACACCAACACCAACAACAAUACCAACAACCAUUGUAACAACAACACCAACAACUACCUUAACUAAAUCACCAGAACAUGAAACCUCAACCCCCACAAAAAUCACAACCUUAACAACUCCAAAAAUCUCACCUUUUUCCAAUGGUGUCCUCAAACGCCACAACCCCAAUUACCACCACCACCACAACAACCACCACCACCACCAAGUAACCGUUACUUACAAAGAAUGUCUCAAAAACCAUGCAGCAAAUUUAGGUGGUCAUGCUCUCGACGGCUGCGGCGAAUUCAUGACAGCCCCCACCGCAACAUCCGCCGACCCAACAUCCUUAAAAUGCGCUGCUUGUGGCUGUCACCGUAAUUUCCACCGCCGUGAACCAGAAGAACCACCACUUUCAACAACCACACAUGUCAUUGAAUAUCAACCUCACCACCGUCACCAGCCACUUCCACCGCCGCCUUUUUCAAACCGCAGCCCAAAUUCUUCUUCUCCACCGCCGAUCUCCUCCACUUACUACCCUUCUGCACCUCAUAUGCUUCUUGCUCUCUCCUCCGCCUUGCCGGAAAACGUCUCCGGACCCAUGAUCUCACCUGGGUCCCACACUAGAAAACGUUUCAGAACAAAAUUCACUCAAGAUCAGAAAGAUAAGAUGUUGAAAUUUGCUGAGAAAGUUGGUUGGAAGAUGCAGAAAAAAGAUGAUGAAUUUACUCAUGAAUUUUGUAAUGAGAUUGGUGUUGAUCGAAGUGUUCUUAAAGUUUGGAUGCAUAACAACAAGAACACUUUCUCUAAACGAGAAAACAUCAACAUCAACAACAACAACAACAACAAUAACAUCAACAACAUUAACAAUAACAAUGAGAUUAAUGUUGUUGGUGUUAAGAGUUUUCUACCUUAUGAAGAUGAAGAACACAACAAGAUGAAGAAUAACAUUAACAAAGAUGAUAUGAAUGUUGAGAUUCAUAAUCUUAAUCAUUACCAGAAUGAUGGUGGAGUUGUCGUUCGUGCUAAUGGUUCAUCUUCUUCUUAAUCUUUAAUUAAUGGAAGAUUAAUAAUAAAGUAAUAUGUUAGAUAGAUUUCAUAAGUACUAUGUUACUGGUUAAUUAAUUAGUUUUUUUUUUUUAAUUUUAGUUUUAUGUUAUGAAAUGAUGAAUGUGGAAUUAUGAUCACCACCACCUUUGUUAACAAUGCAGAGAAUUUGAUAUCAAGUGAAGGGAAUUUAGUUUA